GCCCACCCUGCUUCAGUUCUGAACUGCCGUUUACCUAAGGUACCUCUUCAUUACAUACCUAACUUUGUCCACCACAAUGAAGUCUCCCGCCGUCCUUCUCGGUUGCUUCUCACUCGCCUGCUCUAUGUCAGAGGCGACCGGUAUCCCCAAAUGGCACCCCCCGGGCCCUGGUGAUCUCCGCGGUCCCUGUCCGAUGAUGAACACGCUCGCCAACCACGGUAUCUUGCCCCAUGACGGCAAGGCCAUCACCAGGGAAGCUGUCAUCAAAGCCAUGCACCAGGGACUCAACUUCGACUCUACCCUCGCCAUUGUCAUGUUCGACCAGGCCGUCAUCGCCAACCCGGAACCCAACGCCACCUUCUUCACCAGUGACCAUCUCAACCGCCACAACGUCCUCGAGCACGACGGCAGCCUAAGCCGCACCGACGCCUUCUUCGGCAGCAAUCACAUCUUCAACCAGACCAUCUUCGACCAGACCCGGCGCUACUGGCCCGAGCCCCUCAUCACCACGUCCCACAUGGCCAACGCCAAGAUCGCCCGCCAGGUUGAGUCCAAGUCAUUCAACCCUGAAUACCGGUUCACCGACUCUGUCGAGCACUUCAGCCUCGGCGAGAUGGCCGCACCCUUCAUUGCGUUUGGAGACCUCGAGCAGGCCACCGUAAACAGGACGUUGGUUGAGUACUUUUUCGAAAACGAACGUCUCCCAACCGAGCUGGGUUGGGAUGUCAGGGAAGAGGUGGUCAAAGUCGAGGCUAUUCUCAGAAUAUCGGACAUGAUUGGGGAGGCGACGAGCUUGUUUACUACGGAUUCAGAUGGGGGUGUUGGACACAACUGCACGAAAAGGGCACUCCGCCGGGGAUUCCACGCCGGAGCUAGACGGGGCGAGUGACGACUUACAAAUCAGGGAGUCUACGACUUCCCGGCCCGGUCGAACACUGUCUAGGUAGGCAGUCUUCGUUUUUUAAUUCUUCCCGUUAUCGGCCAUGGUUAAGCCGUUUAGACAAUUGUUACUCUGGACCCGUCAAGAUAUCAAGUGAAGACAAGCCACCGUAUCCCGGAACCUUGCUCCUCGCCGUGAAAGCAACAAUGAACCCAAUGAUGGCCUCCCCUGCGGGUGCACGCCGGGACGUCCAUCCAUCGGCCGCUUCAUCGCCCACACACACUUGACGGUCCCAGUUAGUUUUGAUCCUAAACCCCAACGCAUCCCCCGCCCCCUCAC